GUGCCCGUUCCAUAGCUCACCAAGCUGCAGCUCCACCACUUCACUGCACUGUCAGUCCCUCAGCAUUCGUGCAUCCAUCAGCAACUAGCAACAAAACUGAAAUGGAGUACCAGAACAAGGAGGUGGAUGCUCUGGUCCAGAAGAUCACCGGGCUCCACGCCGCCAUCUCCAAGCUGCCGUCGCUGAGCCCGUGCCCCGACGUGGACGCGCUCUUCACUGACCUGGUCACCGCGUGCGUCCCAGCGAGCCCCGUGGACGUCACCAAGCUCGGCCCGGAGGCGCAGCAGAUGCGGGAGGGCCUCAUCCGUCUUUGCUCCGAGGCCGAGGGGAAGCUGGAAGCUCACUACUCCGACAUGCUCGCCGCCUUCGACAACCCGCUGGACCACCUCGGCAUGUUCCCCUACUACAGCAACUACAUCAACCUGAGCAAGCUGGAGUACGAGCUCCUGGUGCGCUACGUGCCGGGCGGCAUCGCGCCGGCCCGCGUCGCCUUCAUCGGGUCCGGCCCGCUGCCGUUCAGCUCCUUCGUCCUCGCCGCGCACCACCUGCCCGACACGGUGUUCGACAACUACGACCUGUGCGGAGCCGCCAACGAGCGCGCCAGCAAGCUGUUCCGCGCGGACACGGACGUGGGCGCGCGCAUGUCGUUCCACACGGCGGAUGUGGCCGACCUAGCCGGCGAGCUCGGCGCGUACGACGUCGUCUUCCUGGCCGCGCUCGUGGGCAUGGCAGCCGAGGAGAAGGCGAAGGUGAUCGCCCACCUCGGCGCGCACAUGGCGGACGGGGCGGCCCUCGUCGUGCGCAGCGCGCACGGGGCGCGCGGGUUCCUGUACCCGAUCGUCGACCCCGAGGACAUCGGACGAGGCGGGUUCGAGGUCCUGGCCGUGUGCCACCCUGAUGACGACGUGGUGAACUCCGUCAUCAUCGCACGCAAGUCCAACGACGACGUGCACGCCGAUGGGCUCCAGAACGGGCAUGGACAGCACGCGCGCCGUACGGUGCCGGUGGUCAGCCCGCCGUGCAGGUUCGGUGAGAUGGUGGCGGACGUGACCCACAAGAGGGAGGACUUUGCCAAAGCAGAAGUGGCCUUCUGAUCGAUGCGAGGGAAGCAAUAAGCCAAUAAGGACGUGCCGUGCAUGCUCUCCCUGCUUGAUCGUGUGCAUCCAAAUCGUGCGUGGUUUUUUCUUCCGAGUACUUGUCUUCUUCAAGCUAUGUGUGUUGUUUGUACCCUAUAAGGUAAGUGUGGCGUUCAAUAAUAAUCAUAUAAGUACAACUAAGAAUUUUGUGAUGAAUGAUUAUUCCCGUGUCAUGUGUAGUCAGCAUCAUCUUAAGAUAAGAGAUCAUUUGUUUUUCAGUA